AUGAGAAGAUUCGAAUUCAUGAGCACGCGGCGGCUGGAGGUGCUCGCUGGGAGUAAAUACAAGGGUUUCAUCCGGCAAAGUUAUGAUCUAGGCGUGCUCAUCUCGAUAUCAUCCGCAUUCUUCACCGCCGCAGUUGUUCUCAAGGACUCCUCCAGCGUUAUCAAGGCGCUCUAUAAUUUAUUCAGAGGCGCAUCAGCGCAUCUACACGCAAGACGGUAUGCAGAAGGGCGUGAAUCCGAGUCUCUCGCCGAGAAUCUCAUCAUCAAGCCAGUCCUGCCAGGCUGGACAAACCCGCUAUCCGACCUACCCAUUUUCCUCCUUGCCUUUGUGGUCGUGCAAGUAUUCCACGAGGCCGGUCAUGCCUUGGCGGCGCUAUAUGAAAGCGUCGAUAUAGUAUCUGCAGGUGUGGCCGUAGCAUUUCCGUUUAUACCAGGAGCAUUCGUUGCCCUAUCCCAAUCGCAGCUGGCAAACAUAUCCCUCAGGCCUCGCGCCAGGAUCAUUUGCGCAGGCGCUUACCACAACUUUAUCCUAGCGCUGCUACUGAGUGUGGCUGCGUAUAUUUGCAGCGAUCAGCUUUUCAUCUACGUUGGUGACUAUGGCAGAUCUGUCACUGAGAUUUCGGAGAAAAAUAAGCUCUAUGGGUAUAUACAUCCCGCCGCUAUAAUUACGUCUAUAGACACGGUUAAUUUAGGUAGGCCCAGUGAUGUAGAUGAGAUGGACGUGGAUAUUUGGGACGAUUAUCUUUUGUCGAGAACCAAGGAGCCAAAAAGCCAUUACGCUUGGUUAGUCGAUUUAGCUGUGUUCAACUCCUCAGAAACAUCAUGCUGCCGGAGCGCCAGCUUAGAGGAGGCUGUAAGCGGUGCGGGUUGUUUUGUAGCCCACCAGGCAACUCUGCUUGCCAACCGCGAAGCCUGUUUAGAUCCAUCCGAAGUGAUGCUGGGAGAACCCGUAAACUGUCUGGAAACAGACGAGGAGAAGUCCGUGUGUGUGCGCCCUCACCCGCUGUCACACAUGCUGCGCAUUGGAUACCUCGGGAAGGAGAAUGAGCGGGAAAGCGUUGUUGUCCAGAGCAGCAAGCGCUUUCUGUGGGAGACUUUGAAAGUGUCAGACUACGCAUCUCGAUAUCCCGCACUGAUGCCGGAGUACUUGAUCUACCUUCUCUCAACACUCGCAAACUACAUCAUUACACUCUCGGUGACCUUUGGCAUGGUCAACAUGCUCCCGCUGCCCUUCCUCGACGGCUCCGAGCUUGUCAACGCUGUACUCCACUCGUUCAAUCUGCCCUUCUCCAGGCCAUGGCGCAGCGACGCGAUUGAGCUGGAAGUCGGGCGCUCAGCCUUGCGCACACACCAGCGAGCCUCUCAGCGAAGGCAUUAUAUGUGGCUAUUGAACGCAGUCACGUUAUCGUUGGUGGGAUUCGCACUGGGAGGCUCCCUCCUGCUAAACCUUAUCGACAGUACUGUGUAG